GCAGCAUGAUCUCAUUGCUGCUUCCUGUUAUGGGAGGAGCCUUUAUGGACUCACCCAACGAGGACUUUAGUACAGAGUACUCCUUGUUUAACUCAUCCGCCAAUGUCCAUGCAGCUUCUUCCAUGCCGAAUCCGCCAGAAGAGGCGUCCCGUUCUUCAAAUGAUGCCAUACUAUUAUGGAUUGCAAUAAUUGCAACAAUUGGAAAUAUUGUGGUUGUGGGAGUGGUGUAUGCCUUCACCUUCUAGGAUGACUGACGCUUUGACCACUGGAGGAGAGAUAACUGCAACAGUAUUUGUCAUGUGUAUGUAUGUAUGUGUGUAUAUAUACAUGUAUAUCUAUAAAAAUACAUAUAGGUAGGGACUUGAUUGAUUAAGUGGUGCCACAGUCAUGGAAAUGAAAUGCAAAUUAAUCACCUUGAAUCUUGAUGGCAGAAAGCUUGAUUGCAAUUGAAAAUUGUAGCGAGGUGAGAGCUUUAAUCAUGAAUAGAGCCAAUCUGUAUUUUAUAUAGAAAUGUAAGGAAAGAGAGGCUAGCGUGGGUAUGGUAAAUACAAAAAAUAAAGUGAGAUUUUUACAGAAAGUGCUUAUUUUCUACUGUUUAGAUUUUUCUAGCAGGUCUUCUGGGUUUUGUCAGCUUUUUGUGCUUUUUUUACUGUGCUUUUGAGUGGUAUAAUACUAUAUGAAAGCGUUCUCUAUCUUUUUUUUUUGCUGAACAUCUUAGUUUUCCAGAUGGAGUAAUGGUAGACAUUGGCUCAGUUCUGAUGGAGUACAAGUUCAUCAUGUGUGAAUCUAGAGCACACACAUGUACUUGGCUGUGUUCAAAGUCGUGAGUCUUAAACCUAUGGCAGGCAGAUAUAUGCUAUCUAACACUCGCCUUCUACUAUCACUUACUAGAUAUGAAUUGAUGCUAAACCUGUCUGCUGUUUCCAGGAGGAGGAACAGCUAUUACAAGGUAUGACUGCAGGCAGUUGACACUCUAGAAGAUGAAGUGUUAAACAGAGCAGCACAAGCUCCCAGUUCUGUCAAGAGGUACUGGAUUGCAGUGACGACAGUGGUCCUUAGAUGUGUCCCUUCCAGGAAAUAAAGGCCAAAUACUAUGCUUUUCAGCUUAUUAUGUUGUAAUGUAGCUUCUCCACAGAAGCCAUAUACUUCCCUAAUCAUACUGGUGAAUCAAAGGAAGGUGGGGAAAUUAUGAAGCCUAAUUAACUGCAGGUGGUAUCUAUGAGAAGAAUACAACUGAAAGGAAAAUUAGACACUUCUACUGUCAUGAGGAAGUGAGUACAAGGCUGAGGUACCCACUGAGGUAUAAAUAGCAUUAGAGUAUGAUAAUUGACAGAUUUGCAAAUGCUUAUACUUAAAUGCUAAUAUGUCUUUGGGUUCUGAUGAGGCUCCUGGAAUUGAUUUUUCUUUAGCCUGCUUCUGGUAACAGCUCCAAUUAGUCAUUUGGGUUUGUUCUAUUGAGGGACAAUGUUUUCAUUGUAUUAAUUAUUCCCAUAAGCAGUUUCCUUUUCAAGAGCUGUAUUUCCAAAACAGGCUCUUGCCUUUCUUGCUUCAGAGAUUAUAAAAUCUUAAGGGAAGAAAAAAAUCACCUCUGUGGGAAAUCUCCCUCUUUCCCUUUAGAAAAAAAAAAAAGAAGAAAUACAUAAAUUAUCUGAACUUUGAGAGAGUAGCAGAUAAGUUCUUUCUCUGAGUCUGUAUGUAUUGAACAGGUCUCCUGUCUUAUACAGCUACUUUCCUCAUUCCAGAAUGCCUUGUCUGCAGGCACAGAGACUAUUUUUGACACUUGCCUGCCACUGAGCUUGAGGCUGAACUGAGAGCUGCCAAAUGUAUAGAGAAGUUUGGGUUUUCCUCUUUUUUUCCUUUUAAGGCAAUUUUCCUGCAGGGCUGGUGGGUAGUUACUUGAAUUAAAGCUGAAUGCCCUAAAUCAAUAUUUAUUUCACUAUGUAUAUUCACUGUGUAUGUUUUUUUCCCCUUUCUGUGAGCUGGCCUUAAAGCUGUCCUGAUUCUUUGGUAGUGAUUUACUGUCAAUCAGUUGAAGAGAUCCUUGAAACUGUGUGGGAGGUCUCCCAAGGCUCCUUCUCUCCUGCACACCCACUUCCACAGUAUGUGGUGUGGCUAUCUAUCUUUUCCAAAAAGUCACAGUGACAUUCCAGAGUAGGCUGUGUAAUUGCGAUUGUGCACUCCUCCACUGGAUGGGGAUCAUGGAACAGGAUGCAAACAGAGCUAGCAGGAGGGAGAGGAUCAAGUAAGUUUUUCAGAGGAUUUAAAAAAAAAAAAAAAAGACAGCUCACUAGAGGUACAGAGCUCCUGUGCAUUUGGUUAUUUGCCUAUUUGGAGGCAUGAUUUUGUGAUGAUAGCUGAGGCCAGAAGAGGUCUGCACUGGAGAAAAGUUUGAGAAGCACAGUUCUGGAAGAUCAGCAGCACAGAAAGCAAAUCCUGUCUGAUAAAAUAGCUAUAGUCUAAAGAAUGUUAUAAAAAUGAUAAUUUUCACUACCCUAAAAUAUCUGUUUUCUCCUUAAUAAGUAGAGGUUAUUAAAGAACAGGGAAGCUGUAUAAGCUGUGUACCUCUCCUGUUCUUACAUUCCUCCUUAUCUUCUCUGAGCGGAAAAGAAACUGUUAAGUGUCCAAUCAUGUGAGAGGUUGGAAGGCUGUAGACAAGCUUCUAGCACAGAAUUGAGUAGGACAUGGUCUGGUGUGCAAGCAUGUAGGACCAUGUGAAUAUCAGAUUUUCAGAUAUGCCAUUGCCCUUGUAAUUAUUUCAAUUAGUCAUGGACUUUUCCUCAGUGUUUCAAUAGGCUGUCUCAUUCUGGCAGAUCUUGCAAGCACUGUUUUUGAUGGAGACCACCGAAACAUUUUCACCAUGACUAAAACCGGUUUGACAAUAUGGUAAUUACCCAAUAGGAUUAUUCUCCUGCUUAUUGAAUUUGCCAGUGGAGUGCUUUCUUUAAAUUACCUAGAAUAUUAAUCUAAGUGCACUUAGCAAUGUUUGCAUUUCUUUCCCAAAGCACUGGACCAAAUUCUUUACCCGUGAAGAAGAGUGUUUGAGGGAACAGCAAAGAACCUCCCUUCUGCUAAUGAAAAUGAGAGUGACAUGUUCAUGUUGCUUUUCCCAAGGAUAGUGCCCUACUUUCGUGUGAAAUUGAUAGUAGUUGCAGGACUGCUGGAGAGCAACAAGCUCUGCCUCCCUCAUCCAGAUAAUCCUCCUACAUAUUUUCACCAUUAGAGGUUGAGUUGUCAAGAAGGGCCAGAUAGAACUUUAAUUAAAGUAAUUGGUUUGACAGGGUGACGUGGAAAACAGGGUGCAGGCAGCAAGCACAAGCAUUAGCUAUCUCACAGUUGAAGGCGCUAAUUAUGCUGUUUUUCCUGUUAAUAUUUUUAGGAUGCGAGCAUAUUAUUACAUGCAAGAGUCUAUGCAGAGUAUUGUCAGGUUAAAUCUCAUAUUAAAGAUGAGAUUCUGUGUCCCUAAACUGCAGUAGACAAAGCUGGUUCAAACUCUGAUCAUCUUUGAUCCUGAUAACAUGCUUAGCGGUAGGCUGUACAGUUCAGAUAUGGCCUUAUUUCUGGAUGUUAUGUUCUGGCUUGAUGCACUAUGAACACUUCUAUCUUUUGGGAGGUACGGAAAAGUUUAAAUUCAGUCAUUGCAAAUGAGACCCAUCCAUCAUUAAGAAAGUUCAUAAAAGCAACAGAGGUGUGUGGAGAAUGAAAUGAAAGGCAGAAGUUUCACGGGCAUGGUCCUGUGAAAUGUGCUACCACUUCUUUAUGCAGGUAAAUGUUAUGCCCUGAACUUUUCCUCAGAACCAGGCAGUUGGAAAACCGCUGUUACUCACUGAGGGGUGAUGAGGAGGCCCAAGCACAUUCCCCAGAGCUUUUCUCUGAAGCUAUUUUGCUAAAGCAGAAGAGGUUUCUGUACUUUGCAAAGCAUUUUAUGCAUUAGCAUCAAGAACAGGAUUCCACUUGUAGAUGAAGAUCUGUAAAUAAAACCACCUACCACAGAUAACUGUUACACAAUACUGAGCUGAAUUUGUUCAGUAACGGAUAAAGCAAAUACUUUGUGUGCGGUAUUAGACCCCUAAUAUGCUGUAAACAUCAUCUUACAAACACAAGACAAAAUACUGCCUGGGCUCUGCAAAGUUAUUAAUGAGUUGUGAGAAGCAGGGAGACGAACUGGAUGCCCUCACGUUUCUUUCCCAUGGCCUCUAUGGGAUCUAUGACAACAUAUCAAAAAAAAAAAAAAUCAAACUGUCUCCUAAGAAUUCUUUUGCUCUAAGCAGCCAGCAGCUAGACUAGGCAGGUGUGUGGCCAUCACAGAAAAGAAGCUGAAUAGUUACGGAGGUAGCUGCAAAGGAACAUUAGAUAGGAGAGCCAAACAGGGAAAACCACACAGCCACUCCUGUUAUGUUUUGUCUCCAGGGCUAGGAGUCUGCCUUUAUCACCGUCAUUAAUCUCUUAAAAUAAAAUGAGGAUGUAUUUCCAUGCCAACGUGUUUGCAAAACUGAACAAUAGAUUUUGAAACUGAUGAAACAAUAGCAGCAGAGAGACUCAUCUGCUAUAAGUAAUAUGUUUAGCCAUUUAACUGGGAAAGUGAGCUGACCUCAGAAAUAAUAAGCCCUCCCUCUCCAAAAUCGUUGUUUGCAGUGGGACCUGAGGGCAGUCAGCAUCCCACCAAACUGCUGAGCAGUCUGUUACAACGCGUCCCAAAUGAAGAGGGAAUAGAGCCAGAUAGGUAUUAUAGUCUUAUCCCAUACAUCCAUUUCAGUUAAAAGGCAAGUUCUCCUUUGUGUCUGGGACUAAGCCAGAUCAGGAAUCUUUAGUCUACAGGACAGGUUAUUAUGAUGUAUUUUGUCUAUUAUUAGAAGCUUUCUUUUUACUAUUCUGGUUCUUAAUAGCCUUUUCUCAUUUCUCUGCAGGCUGCUCAGAGUUAUUAAUUUCACAUAGCUGUGCCCUUUUCUAUCAUGUACUUUUGCUGGGUUUCCUGUGGCUAAUCACAGAGCAGAAUCUGGAAAAUUUUUCUUUUUAAGGAUGAUUUCUGUUAUUAAGAGAAACAGGCCAAAAAUCAAAAUGCCAGAUCAGAAUGCUUAUAUGCUUUUAGAAGUCUGAAGAAUGGGAUUUCAUCUGGUUAAUUCUCACCGAGAGGAAGGGCAGCCGGGUCUCUGAUGAUAAUGUCAGACAUCAGGGUUCUGACAAGCAGAGCUUAGUGCUUCAUUAACUCCUGUUCUGCCCUGGUGAGCCCUUGCUGACCCCACAGUCUGAGCUGAGUUUAAGGGAACAAACUAUCAGGUACAACGUGUCCUUCCUCAUCGUACAGCUUGCUAAUCCUCAGAAAAACAAGUGUGUUUAUUCCAUCAGCAGAAAAAGAGCCAGAGAUUAAUAGUCUGUUAGGUGUAUUUUUUAUCAGCCAGUCAUCGUAAGAGAAAGCUAGGGACAGUUUAAUAUGCGGAUGGCCCUUUGCCUCUGACCUGAGAACAUCCUAAAGAAAUCAAAACAUCCUAAGUCCAUCAUUUUAAAAGCUCCCACUGUCCUUUAUCGGACACGAACUUUUUGUGUUUCCUUAUACAGCCCCUCUUUGCCUUACCUCUUUUCCUUCCAACUGAAGACAGAGAAAGUGAAGUUGCCACUAAACUCUGCUGUGGAUAUGUGAAGAACUUGCAACAGGCAGGGACCAACCAUCUGCCAUUUUCCUUUUUGGUGCUUCAGGCACAAAGUAGAAGGGAAGAGUCCAAGUGUCUGGCCAGAAAUCUCCAGGGGAAUACACAUCUUAGCAGAAUGCAUGGCAAUUUUACGUCAUUCUGGCCCGUACCAGGCUGUUUACACCAGGAUAACCUGGUCAUACCUGCACAGAUAGAAAAAUAAUUUUAGAUAAUUGUGUCCGUGUCAUCUGGCCAAAGUGAAGCCAAUGCAAACUUUACAGGCUUAUAUGACAGAUCAGCCAUCUAACUAGUAAAACUGAAAACAACCCUUGGGCUAUAUAGUGCAAAAGGCCAAACUGAAUUAAAGCAAUCUUACUUUCUACAGGUUUAUUUGAUGGAAGAAAACCACAAAGAAAUCCACCAAACCGCUGAAUGCCUUGGUACCUUUUACCCAGUUGGGUUUUUUUGUCCCUCUUUCAUACUUCUUUCUAGAUUCCACUUUUGCAGUAACCUGUUUUGGGAACAACUGCAACACAGGCAGGAAACAGAAGAAAAACUGGUAAUACAAACCCGUCACAUGUCUAAUCAUCUCAGUGUUUUGCAAACUCAUCCUCUAAAGCCAGGCUUAAGCAAGGGUAAUAAGUAGGCCUGUUCUGUUGGUACCAAGGCAAACGUCCUUUCAUAUGAACACAACUGGUAUUUUCUUUUUGGGAAGUCUUGGGAGCAUUAUGCAGGCUCUUUUGGCUAUGCAGGCUACUAGUGAAGAAUUUUUUUCAGGUGUAGAAUCAAAAAGCCUCCCGUUUUGGUGGAAUACCAAGGGUUGGCCUUCUAAAACUCUACUUAGUCUCCCUGAAAAAAAGCAAAAAAACACCUAGGUUGCUUACGCAUGCAAUAUUAACAAAUCAAGUAUCAUUUGUAUAGUGGCAUGACCUUAUUCUCUUCUACAGCUGUACGGCAGUAGAUCUCAAAGGGGACCAUAGUAUUACCCACACUUAACAAAAGGGGGAAACCAGAGACAGGUCACUUUUCAGGACUUUCUCAAAGGUCAGGACACAAUCCUUUAGACUGCAUCAUUCCUCUUUCCUCCCAAAGUACCUUGAUGUGAAUUCGCAUCCCUUUAGAACUCCUUGCCACCAAAACAUGUGUUUAUGCCUUUGUUUUAUUUCUCCCCUGGUCUUCUCUGUAGUCUUUUAAUUCCCUGGCAUCAGACCAUGCAAGUAUUUGGAAGCCAGAAACAUUCUUCUGCCCUUUGUAACCAUCUCUGUUGGCCUUCACAGUGAUACCAGACAAAGAUCAGUGAAAUGAAGUCUCUUCCUGGAGGUAAAAAUCAUUAGCUGCCUUAGCAAACUGCAAGGUAUUUGGCCAUUAAGCUUGGUAGCUAUAUUAUCAAUUGCCACAGAACCCAGUGCUGCCAUGCAGAAAUUCGGAUUUUAUAAGUAAACAACUGCACCAAUCAGUAGUCAACAUUUACUGCUCUUUCCACUCCCAAGCCUCUUGUUAUUCUUAGCAAGUCAGGAUCAGUGGUAAUAUACUUGGGGCAGGGAAGAGGCGAGUGAAAGUGAAUUCUAAGUUGUUCCACAUACAAGCAAAUGAAAAAGCUUAGUCCCUCCAUGUGGUUUGUAAUAGGGUGAAGGUCAUAAAACUCUAGCCUAAUCAGUCAAGAAAAACAACCACCAUUUAAAAAAAAAGACUUUUUGCAGUCUGCUAAGCCAUGGGUAUUUGAAAUCCAGUCAUACCUGUUUUCUCAGCUGCACAGCCAAGCUGCCAUAGCGUGAUAACACACAAUCAUUUCUAAAUCUCAUUUUGAGCAAAAGCAGAUUGACUCUGAGGCCUUGGACAGAACUGAGAUGUGCUGGAAAAACCUUCCUCAGAAGUCUGUGCUUAUUCUGGUAUUGUCACAGGAGCUUCCUGAGCUGCAGUCUUUAAGGCUACGUUUGCGUAUCCUGUGGAAUUCAGUCCCAGUAAUGAGUGAAUAAGAUGAUAAAUUAUUACAGGUCUAGGUCUAAAAUUCUAUCGAGUUGUGACCUUCACAAGGAUGCUUUACGUUCCCUGUCAUGCAAGCUGCUCUAUCCAGAGGGACCUUUGCUUCCACCUGGAGUCAACUGGAUUAAUAACACCUCUGUAUUUGUAAAGUUUGCUUUGGUAGAUCAGCUUGCAGGACUACCUCUGGGUCGCUGGGUUUUUAUUUUAAAUACUUCUAGGGAUGUUCAUGCUUUUCUAAUCAAAAGGAAGAAAGAAACCAGCACACUGUAUUUUUUUAAAUAAGAAGGUAAUAAAAACAACUCUGAAUAUUUUGAUAGAUUUGCUGGUAGGGUAUAUAUAAUGUAGCAAAUUGUUGCACUAUUUUUUCUAUCGUCUGAGCACGUUACCUCAGAAAUCUUUGUUCUUUCUCUAAUGAAGACCUCUUUCAGUUCUGGAGUUAUCAAGUUUGGAAGAAGUGGGCUGCAAAUGAAAUUUUUAACUAAUGUAAAUAAAUGCAGUUGCUUGCUUUCUGAGGUAGCCUGUAAUAUUUAUUUUUCAGUUAUCUCAUUGUCUCCAAUAUUGCCUAAAAUAGUCUUUUUCCAAAAUGCAAACUAAAUAGUGACACUUCUGGAAGUAUCUAUGCUUCACUCGUAAUCACAGUCAUUUGGAAGUGACAUCUUCCUUCAUCUCAUGUAAAACACAGGCUUACAGGAGUUCUUCAGUAUAUGCUGUUAUUUUUAUUAAUUGUCUCCAAGAAUUUAAUUCUCUUUUUCUUCCUCUCUGCUAAUCCCUCUUGUACACUAACAAACAGGAUUGCAGGGCUUCUCUGUAUUGUUUUUAUAGUAUAGGGAUUGGUUUAUAAAAAAAUCGUUUACUGUUGUAAUGAUUGUUCUUGAAAUGUUGAUCUCUAGCUGUGAAGAGGAAAAUAAAUAAUGCUGUCUAAGUUCAUUGUAUUUAGCAAGUUUAGUUAGCAGAAAUGCAUUCUUUUAAGCUCCUGUUAUAUUCUUUUCAAAUUAUAGACUGUUUUCACUAUGUAUGUACUUAAUACUGGGUUCAUUCUUUUACUAUGGUGAAAAUGACAAGUUUUGUUAACAACAGGUAGAAAUUGUGUUUUUGGAUAAAGUUCUUGAAAUUAA